GGGUUGUCCAAGUAAAAUUUCCAUUCAGUCAUGAGCGGUCAACUCGUGUGCGUUUACAUUAUUUUUUGGCUUUGUGUGAAUUUCGUCGGAUUUAUUCUUGUGCUGAAUUAUUUUUCUACUAUUGAGAAAGUAGACUAAGAGUUCAAUAUGGAUUUGCAUUACGCAAUAUUAUGUUGUUUAUUUAUGAUCUGGCUGCAUACGAUAUGCCUUUACAAAAUAUUUCUGAGAAGUUAUGUUUGUCUUAGCAAGAAGCCGGCCGACAAAGGCAAUUGUUAUGAGGGUUUGUUUCCUGUUCCCGACGAAAUGGAAAACUGCACAGAAGGAGUUUGGGAUUUCCUAAGAGAGCCGGAAAAGGAUUUUAAUGAUUCAGAAGAUCAGAAGGUGGAAAUGCUGGGCGAGGUGGACUCUUCCGACGAAAUUUCAGAUUCUUCAGAAAGGUCAGAAAUGGAGUAUGAGGUUUCAAAGGAACAUAAGAUGGCGGAAAAGGAUUUUAAUGUUUCAAUAGAUCGAAAGGCAGCAAGGCUAGACGAGGUGGAUUCUUCCGACGAGAUCUCAGAUUCUUUAGAAGAGCUGGAAGAGGACUAUGAGGUUCCAAAGGAAUAUAAUUUGGUUGUCAAAAAGAUGGAAACUCUCGUUCAAAUUAAAAAUAUUCAAUUGGAUACUAUGGAAGAGAAGAAUAUCCCGAAGUCCUUUGAAGACCGCUUCAAUGCCAGUCGCCAGAAGAUUCUUUGCAGGAGUCGUCGACAGAAGCGAUCCCUAUUCAAUUUUUUUUCAUCGACAUUUUUAUAUUGAAUUUAAACUGCAAAUACAGUUUUGAAGGGACGCUAAAUUUGCCCUCAACUUU